AUGCAGAAAUCGCCCGUGGAAGAUGCAAACUUUGUGUCCAAAUUCUUCUUCUGGUGGAUGUCACCGCUGCUGAGGAAAGGCUUCCGGAAGAAACUUGAGCUCACAGACGUGUACAAGGCCCCGUCAUUCGACCAUGCAGACAACCUGUCGGAGAGAUUGGAGAGGGAGUGGGACCGGGAGGUGGUCUCAGCCAAAAAGCCCCGUCUGCUCCGCGCUCUGGCCCGAUGCUUCAUUGGGCCGUUCACCUUCUUCGGCAUCCUCCUCUACCUCGGAGAGGCUUCAAAGACCGUGCAGCCUCAGCUCUUGGGUCGCAUUAUUGCGUCCUUCGACCCGUUCCAUGCCCCGGAGCGCUCGCAGGGGUUUUACUUGGCUCUGGGGCUCUGUCUGCUGUUUGUGGCCCGCUUCAUGCUGCUGCAACCAGCCAUCUUCGGACUGCACCACCUGGGCAUGCAGAUCCGGAUUGCCCUGUUCAGCCUCAUCUACAAGAAGACACUGAAACUGUCGAGUCGAGUCUUGGACAAGAUCAGCACCGGACAGCUCGUCAGCCUCAUGUCGGCGCAUCUCAACAAAUUGGACGAGAGCCUGGGUUUGGCUCACUUUGUGUGGAUCACUCCGCUGCAGUGCAUCUUGUGUGUGGGACUGAUCUGGGAGCUGAUCGAGGUCAACGGCUUCUGUGCUCUGGCCGCUCUCACUCUGCUGGGACUCAUCCAGGCCUGGCUCUCGCAGAAGAUGGGACCUCACCGGGUGAAGCGUGCCGGAAUGAUAAACCGGCGUUUGGCUCUGACCUCUGAAAUCGUUGAGAACAUCCACUCUGUGAAGGCAUAUGGCUGGGAGGACAUCAUGGAGACCAUCAUCAAGAACAUCAGACAAGACGAGAUGACGCUGACAAGGAAGAUCGGCUCGCUGCGGUACUUCUACAGCGCAGCCUACUUUUUCUCAGCCAUCUUGGUGAUCGUGUCAGCCAUCGUCCCGCACGCUCUCAGUAAGGGCAUCAUCCUCAGGCGGAUCUUCACCACCGCCUCCUACUGCAUGGUCCUGAGGAUGACACUCACACGACAGCUGCCCGGCUCCAUCCAGAUGUGGAGGUUUCUGAUGAAGGAGGAGCACAGAGUUCUGGAGUACAAUCUGACCACUACAGAAGUGGAGCUGCUCAACGUCUCUGCUUCAUGGGACGAGGGCAUUGGGGAGCUGUUUGAGAAGAUCCAGCAGGAGAACAAGUCCAGGCCUCCUCACUCAGAUCCAGGCCUGUUUUUCACAAACCUGUAUGUGACCCCUGUGUUGCGCAACAUCAGCCUGUACCUGGAGAAGGGACAGAUGCUAGCGGUUGCAGGUUCCACCGGAUCAGGGAAGAGCUCGUUGCUGAUGAUGAUCUUGGGGGAGCUGGUUCCCUCAGAGGGGAAGAUCCGUCACAGCGGUCGGAUUUCCUUUUCUCCGCAGACUUCCUGGAUCAUGCCCGGGACAAUCCGGGACAACAUACUUUUUGGCCUCACCUACGACGAGUACCGCUACACUUCGGUCAUCAAGGCCUGCCAGCUCGAGGAGGAUUUGUCCCACUUCCCGGAGAAGGACAAGACUCACCUGGUGGAAGGCGGGGUCACUUUGAGUGGAGGCCAGCGAGCACGCGUCGGUCUGGCCAGAGCUGUGUAUAAAGAUGCAGACCUGUACCUGCUGGAUGCUCCCUUCACUCACCUGGACAUCGUCACUGAGAAGGAAAUCUUUGAGAAAUGUGUGUGUAAGCUCAUGGCGUCAAAGACUCGCAUCGUGGUCACGUCUAAACUGGACCAUCUGAAACGGGCCGAUAAGAUCCUCCUGCUGCACAAUGGCGACUGCUACUUCUACGGGUCAUUCGCCGAGCUGCAGGCCAAACGUCCAGACUUUAGCUCUCUGCUGCUCGGGCUGGAGGCCUACGACAACAUCAACGCAGAGAGACGCAGCUCCAUCCUCACAGAGACACUCAGGAGGGUGUCCAUCGAUGAGACCGCUGCCUUCAGGGGCCCGGAGAACCUGCGUCAGUCAUUCAGGCAAAACCACAAUCCGAUCAUCUCCAACCAGAUGCAGAACGGGGGAGAGAGCCAUCCAGAGAAGCGCAAACAAUCCUUGAUUUUAAACCCGUUAGCCGCAGCAAGGAAGUUCUCCAUCCUUGGCGGCAGCAACCAGCCUCCGAUCCAGCAGAGCACGGCGCUGGAGGACAGUGUGCGAGAGAUGACCGAGCGCAGAUUCUCUGUGGUACCGGAGGACGACCAGGUUGAAGAGGUGCUGCCGCGGUCCAACGUGUUCCACCACGGCUUCCACCACCUGAAUGGGCAGCGCCGCCAGUCAGUGUUGGCCUUUAUCACCAAUGCACAGGGCCAGGAGCGGCGCGAGCAGGUCCAGUCCUCCUUCAGGAAGAAGUUGUCUAUCACACCGCAGUGCGACUUAGCCUCAGAGUUGGACAUCUACGCGCGCCGCCUCUCCAAAGACAGUGUGUAUGACAUCAGUGAGGACGUGGACGAGCAGGAUAUGGAGCAAGCGUUCGCAGACGAAAAUGAGACAGUGUUUGAGACCACGUCCUGGAGCACGUACCUGCGAUACCUUACCACCAACAAGAGUCUAGUCUAUGUGCUCGGCUUCAUCUUCCUCGUCUUUGUCAUUGAGGUGGCUGGAUCUGUCAUUGGCAUUUACCUCAUCACUGAUGAGAUCUGGAGAGACGGCGCCAACCCAAACUCCCCUAACUAUAUCGACGAGCAGCCGCAGAACGCCUCGUCGCCGCCGGUGCACUUGGCCGUGAUUGUGACCCCCACCAGCGCCUACUACAUCAUCUACAUCUACGUGGCUACCUCCGAGAGUGUCUUGGCCCUGGGCUUCUUCAGAGGUCUGCCCCUGGUACACACGCUGCUCACCGUGUCCAAGCGCCUCCACGAGCAGAUGCUGAGCGCCGUGCUGAGGGCUCCCAUGGCCGUGCUCAAUACCAUGAAGACCGGUCGAAUCAUGAACAGAUUCACUAAAGACAUGGCCACUAUUGAUGACAUGCUGCCUCUGGUUCUUUUCGACCUCAUUCAGCUGACCCUGAUUGUGACCGGAGCCAUCUUCACUGUCUCCAUCAUACGACCGUACAUCUUCGUCGCUGCCAUCCCAUUGGCCGUGAUCUUUGUCAUACUCAGGAAGUACUUUCUGAGGACGGGACAGCAGCUCAAACUACUGGAAGCUGAAGCUCGCAGCCCCAUCUUCUCCCACCUCAUCAUCUCGCUGAAAGGACUGUGGACCAUCCGUGCGUUCGGGCGCCAGACAUACUUUGAGAUGCUGUUCCACAAAGCUCUGAACACGCACACAGCCACCUGGUUCCACUAUCUGGCAACUCUGCGCUGGUUUCUCUUCCGUUGCGACAUGAUCUAUGUGCUGUUCUUCACCGCCGCUGCCUUUAUCGCCGUGGGAACCAACAAGGACAAACCCGGAGACAUUGGCAUCAUCGUGGCGUUGGCGAUGCUGAUUCUGGGGACGUUCCAAUGGGCCGUGAUCACCAGCAUCACUGUAGAUGGACUGAUACGCUCAGUGGACCGUGUGUUUAAGUUUAUUGACCUGCCCUCCGAGGAGCCGCAGUCUGGAAAGUCAGGCCGCUUGGGUCCAGACCUGGUCCUGGAGAAUCCUCACGUCCAGAACUACUGGCCCAACCGCGGACACAUGAAUGUCCAGGGUCUGACCGUUAAGUACACCCAGGCUGGAAGAGCUGUGCUGAGCGACAUCAGCUUCUGUGUGGACGGAGGCCAUAGUGUAGGUCUGUUGGGUCGCACCGGCUCGGGUAAAAGCACGCUGCUCUCGGCUCUCCUCAGACUGGCCUCUACAGAAGGAGACAUCUCCAUCGAUGGCGUGUCGUGGAGCUCCGUGUCCCUGCACACCUGGAGGAAGGCCUUUGGGGUCGUCCCACAGAAAGUUUUUAUUCUCACUGGGACGUUCAGGAUGAAUCUGGACCCAUACAGUCGCCACGGUGACGACGAGCUGUGGAGGGUGGCAGACGAGGUGGGUCUGAAGUCUGUGAUCGAGCAGUUUCCUGAUAAACUGGACUUCCUGCUGGAGGACGGAGGAUACGUCCUGAGCAACGGUCACAAGCAGCUGCUGUGUUUGGCCCGGUCCAUCCUCAGUAAAGCAAGAAUACUGCUGCUGGAUGAGCCGUCUGCGUACUUAGACCCCAUAACGCUGCAAGUACUGAGGAAGACUCUGAAACAGUCCUUCUCUGACUGCACAGUGAUCCUGUCGGAGCACAGAGUAGAGCCGCUGCUCGAAUGCCAGUCCUUCCUGAUGAUCGAGGGCAGCUCCAUAAAGCCGUACGACUCUAUCCAGAAACUCCUGAACGAAACCAGUCAGCUGAAGCAGGCCAUGAGUGCACAAGACCGGCUCAAACUGUUCCCCAACCUCCACCGCCUCAGCUCCUGCAAGAGAGCUCCAAACCAGGGUCCCACCAAGAUCUCCAGCCUCCCAGAGGAGACUGAAGAAGACAUACAUGAUACCAGACUGUAA